AUGAGGUACGACGGAACCCAAGACCCACAGGAGCACCUCACGGCCUUCGAGGCCAAGAUGAACCUGGAGGGAGUAGGGGACGAGGUAAGGUGCCGCACUUUCCCAGUCACCCUCGCGGGACCUGCGAUACGGUGGUUUAAUAGCCUCCCGCAGGGCUCAGUGGCCAAGUUCUCGGAUAUAAGCCACGCCUUCUUAGCCCAAUUCACGACCAGGAUAGCCAAGGCAAAGCAUCCAAUCAACCUGCUUAGAGUAACGCAGAGGUCUGGAGAAUCGACAAGAAAAUAUCUGGAUCGUUUCAACGACGAGUUCCUGGAGAUCGAUGGACUGACUGACUCAGUUGCCAGCCUAUGCCUGACGAACGGUCUCCUAAACGAGGACUUCAGAAAGCACCUCACGACGAAGCCGAUAUGGACAAUGCAGGAGAUCCAAUGCGUGGCCAGAGAAUACAUCAAUGACAAAGAAGUCAGCCAGGUCGUGGCUGCCAAUAAACGGCAACCCUCCUACAGUCAAAACCGGCACCACAGAAGCGGAGAAUGGCAGAAGGAACACGCCAGAGACGGCGGUCCGAAUAGCCGAGAAGGGGAUCUUGUCGAAACCCCGACCACUGAAGGAGCGAACAGGGGGAACCGGAGCCUCUACUGUGACUACCACAAGGGCUAUGGGCACAAGACUCAGGACUGUUUUGACUUGAAGGACGCGCUGGAGCAGGCAAUUAGAGAUGGAAAGCUAGCCGAGUUCUCCCACCUCAUUAGGGAGCCGAGGAGGCGGAACCGCGACCACGAGAGCGAGGAUGGAACACGGGCAGCAAAGCGGCGUCAGGAGCCGGAAGAGAACGACCACGGCCUCACCAUAGUAAACGUGGUAACCGCAAGAAACGCGGUGCCCAAGUCGAAAUCGGCACGUAAGAAGGACGCCAAGGUCCUCGCGGUUUCCUCAUCCCCUGCGCGAAGCACCAAGAAACUCCCAUCCAUCUCAUUCGGCCCGGAGGACCAAUGGUUUGACGAGGUCGGGGAAAGCCCUCCCAUGGUCAUAACGGCCAUAGUAGGAACCGGUCUCGUCAAGCGGAUCCUUGUAGACACGGGGGCAGACUCGAACAUCAUGUUCCGCAAUGUGUUCGACGCUUUAGGUCUAAGAGACACCGACCUACAGACUCACCAGCACGGCGUCGUAGGGCUCGGCGACCACUUCAUCAAGCCGGACGGGAUAAUCUCCUUGCCAACCUCUGUGGGACAAGGUCAGAAGAGAAGAACAGUGAUGGCCGAGUUCGUGAUCCUACGAGACUCCACCGCCUACAACAUCAUCCUGGGGAGGAAGACCCUCAACGACCUAGGGGGCAGUCAUCAGAACUAG